UCCUCCUUCCCUCCGCCCAGCUUGCAACCUUGGGCGCGCCGGGCGCCGCGAUGGCCGCAGAGGGUCCCGCGGGCGCCCCGCGCCGUCCCCCGAGAGCAGCGCGGGCGGCGCGCCGGCUCUGGCUGCCCCUCUCCGGGGGCGCCGCGCUGGUGGGCGCGGCCGCGGCGGGCGCAGGCGCGGCCUGCGUGCCUGGGGGCGCGCCACCGCCCAGGCUGCGCACCGCGCCGGCGCGUGGGCGAGGCACGGCGGCAGCCGCGGCGGCGACCGCGGUUUUCGACGGCGAGGAGGUGGCCUUCGGCGAGGGCGUGGUGCGGCUGCCUGGGCCGGAGCGGCGGGCUUCCCAGGUGAUCGGGCCUGCGGAGGUGCGGGCCUUCGACGUGCCCUGCCAGCAGCCCGAGCCUGUGGGCGAGGAGGCCCGCGCUCGUAUACUGCAGCGUUACGUCGUGGGGAGCCCGCAGACUGUGCAGCUGAUGGGCGUGGUAGGCUCGAGCAAGAGCGCGAAGACCUUGCGGAGGCAGCUGAUCGCCAGGCGCCGGGAUGACGUGAACGUCCUGGUCUUCGGGGAGCCAGGGCUCUGCAAGGACAGAUUUGCCUACCUGGUCC